GUGACACAAAAUUGGCUUCAUAAAAGUCCUGUCUUUUAAAGGUUGUGUCUUGCCCAAGUUGAAGAUGUUUUGGUAGAUCCUCUAUAGCGCUAUAAUUCUGGAAUAAAAAGGCUUGUGUAAACACAUGUGGCAUUGUCAAUGAAAGUUAAGAUGAGCUACCCAGAGAAAAAUGUAAAAAUUGUUAUUAAGGUGACUCAUAAAUAUUACCAGAUCUUUACAGUUUUUGGGGGGUGUGGUCAGGAAGUUGGGUUUUGUUCACAGAUACUUUGAACCUCUCCCUCAACCCACCCCACUUCUCAAUCAUGACAUGUCUAAAAUAUCUGCUCAUUAUUGAAGAGGUAGUGGAAUUCGAAAGCAUUGACUAUUCCACAUGUGUGUGUGUGGGUGUGUAUGUGCUUUUCAUCUUACUGAGAUCACUGGAUGCCAGCUCAUACUCUUUUUUUCUCUAGGUCUUACUUCUAUACUGGGUUUGGGCAUUGCAGCUCCCAAUUUGGCCUUUUCUCAGAUGGUGACCACUUUUGGCUUGGCCGGCAUUGUGGGCUACCACACCGUCUGGGGAGUGACCCCUGCUCUCCACUCGCCACUGAUGUCUGUGACUAACGCAAUCUCAGGGUUGACUGCAGUUGGUGGGUUGGUGCUGAUGGGAGGACAUUUGUAUCCUUCCACAACCUCUCAGGGCCUUGCUGCUCUUGCUACAUUCAUAUCCUCGGUCAACAUUGCAGGUGGCUUUCUGGUGACUCAGAGAAUGCUGGACAUGUUCAAACGUCCUACCGAUCCCCCAGAAUACAAUUACCUGUAUCUACUCCCUGCUGGCACCUUUGUUGGAGGAUAUUUAGCUGCCCUCUACAGUGGUUAUAACAUUGAACAAAUCAUGUACCUGGGCUCAGGUUUGUGCUGUGUUGGUGCCCUGGCUGGCCUUUCCACCCAAGGAACAGCUCGUCUUGGCAAUGCUUUGGGCAUGAUUGGGGUUGCUGGAGGCCUGGCAGCCACCCUUGGAGGCCUGAAACCGUGCCCAGAAUUGUUAGCUCAGAUGUCUGGAGCAAUGGCUUUGGGCGGUACCAUUGGCUUGACAAUUGCCAAGCGCAUCCAGAUUUCUGAUUUACCUCAGUUAGUCGCUGCUUUCCACAGUUUAGUGGGGUUGGCAGCUGUGCUUACUUGCAUAGCUGAGUACAUUGUAGAAUAUCCACAUUUUGCUACGGAUGCAGCAGCAAAUCUUACCAAGAUUGUGGCCUACCUCGGUACUUACAUUGGUGGUGUCACCUUCAGUGGGUCUCUUAUUGCCUAUGGAAAAUUGCAGGGUAUCCUGAAAUCCGCCCCUCUCCUGCUUCCUGGCAGGCACUUACUCAAUGCAGGUUUGCUGGCUGCUAGUGUGGGUGGAGUAAUCCCAUUCAUGAUGGACCCAAGCUUUACCACGGGCAUUACCUGUUUGGGUUCUGUGUCGGCUCUUUCUGCUGUCAUGGGCGUGACUUUGACGGCUGCCAUCGGGGGUGCUGACAUGCCUGUAGUCAUCACUGUGCUGAACAGCUACUCUGGUUGGGCCCUGUGUGCAGAGGGCUUCCUGCUCAACAACAACCUGCUGACCAUCGUGGGUGCGCUCAUUGGCUCCUCUGGUGCUAUCCUGUCGUACAUCAUGUGUGUGGCAAUGAAUCGCUCCCUGGCUAAUGUGAUUCUUGGAGGCUAUGGUACCACUUCAACAGCUGGUGGGAAACCCAUGGAAAUUUCUGGCACACAUACAGAAAUCAGCCUUGACAAUGCAAUUGACAUGAUUCGAGAAGCUAAUAGCAUUAUUAUUACUCCAGGCUAUGGUCUCUGUGCAGCCAAAGCUCAGUACCCCAUCGCUGAUUUGGUAAAGAUGCUCAACGAGCAAGGCAAAAAAGUCAGGUUUGGAAUUCACCCAGUUGCAGGCCGGAUGCCUGGUCAGCUUAAUGUGCUGCUGGCUGAAGCUGGGGUGCCAUAUGAUAUUGUGUUGGAGAUGGAUGAGAUCAACCAUGAUUUCCCAGACACUGAUUUGGUCCUGGUAAUUGGAGCUAAUGAUACUGUUAAUUCAGCAGCUCAAGAAGACCCCAACUCUAUUAUUGCAGGCAUGCCAGUCCUCGAGGUCUGGAAGUCAAAGCAGGUCAUUGUUAUGAAGAGGACUUUGGGUGUUGGCUAUGCUGCCGUGGACAAUCCAAUCUUCUACAAACCUAACACGGCCAUGCUUCUAGGCGAUGCCAAGAAGACAUGUGAUGCACUGCAGGCGAAAGUUAGAGAAUCCUACCAGAAAUAAAUAUUAAAGACCAAGCCAAUGUCCAACCAAGCCACCUCUUAAAUUGCAUGAACAGGCAAAUAACUUAUACAGUAUACACAGCUGAUGUACAUCUGUAGGAAAGCCCUUGGAAGAAUAGAAAGACUCUGAAGAAAGCAAAGCCAGUAGAAGGAGUUUUUCAAGAUCAGUGAUCCCCCAAUCUUAAAAAGGGAUAGAAAGUUCUAAAUGUCUUUCUGUGCAUAUUUUUUGUGCUAUGAGUCAAAAAUAUUUUAUAAAAGGAGAAAAUACAGCCUCAUUUUAGAUGCAGUCUGGUUGGAUUUUUUUUUUUUUUUAAAUUC